GUUAAACAGAGAAGUAUUACGGAUGUCGGGAAUACACUGCCCUGCACACCCAUAGUGACUCAUUUCGUGUCAGCGAUAAUCCUCGCAAGGUUUUCUCUGCUGUGAAUGAAGACGGUCGACCAGGUCAUCAACACUGGCCAAUGGCUGCUCUGAGGGACGUUGUUCUAGAACCGUCUUGAAGAGACCAACGAGAUUUAAGCUUCAUUACAGCAAGUCAACAGCUGGGACCUUGUAUUGUGUGAUCCUCUGACUCUCCAAUGAGACGCCUGGGGGUGUGGAGAUUGGGGUCAUCUCCUGGUAACACCUCAGUGCUGACCCCACCAGUGGGCAUUGUCUGCCCCAUAAAGAGGGGGAAGAGUAUCAGUUAGCUCCAACACUGAGCAGAGUCUCUAACUUUGAAUGGAAGACGUCUUUUGACCUUUGCCCUGCCUACAGACCCACAAAGCCAUGACAUCGACACUUCGAACUUUGCACUUUAAACUCCUGACUCAUGGCACGGGUCAGGGUGCCCCCCACAGCUGUGAUCAGGAGAUCCUGAGGAAGUAUGAUGUCGUACCCUCUGUUGUCUGUGCUAUGUGCUGCCUCUUUGGGAUUAUUUAUUGUUUCUUUGGUUACCGCUGUUUCAAAGCCAUCAUGUUCCUCACCGGCCUAAUGUUCGGCUCCAUCGUCAUCUUCAUGCUGUGCUACAAGGAGAGGGUACUGGACACGCAGCUGAGUAUGGAGGUCAGCGUGGGCAUCGGCCUGGGCAUUGGCAUCCUCUGUGGCCUGGUCACCAUGCUGGUGCGGAGCGUCGGCCUCUUCAUGGUGGGCUUGCUGCUGGGUCUGCUGGUCGCCGUGGCGACGCUGGUGGUGCUGGAGCAGUUCUACCACCCCCACACCGUCUGGGUCCCCAUCGGCCUGCUGCUGGGUGCCGGAAUGUUCUUUGCGGUGCUAACCCUGCAGUGGCAGCGCUUCUUCACCGUGCUGUCCACGGCCGUCUUCGGGAGCGCCGUCAUCACCGUGACGGUGGAUUACUUCAUUGAGCUCUUCCUGCUCGUGCAGUACAUCUACGAGAGAGUGAAGGUCGCUCCAGUGCAGCCCGUCUGCUGGUACAGCUGGGUCAUCUUGGGUGUCUGGCCGGUGCUGACCUCUCUCGGCGUCCUGGUGCAGUUUAAAGUCACGGCAGAAGGCUACUCUCAUACAGAAGUGUUUAUCAGCAGGAGGCAGCGGCGGGUUCAGCUGAUGAGAAUACGACAGAAGGACAACAAGAGGAAGAGGAGAAAGCACCACAAGAAAUACCAGGAGCCCGUGUACCGGCGGAAGCCAACUCCAGUCCGUCGCUACGAUGGAGACGUGCUCUCUCCGAGCUACAUUCAGAACUUCCGAGAGCGCCAGACAGGAGGGGGCGCUCCCUCUGGAGGGUUCAGCUCAAGCACGCACACCAUGAUCGACGUAGACUAUGACUGCAGCUCCACGGUGCCCCUCACAGCCGCCACCCCCGCUGUCCGCGUGUGAGGCAACAUGGAGCACAAGGAGACGCAAAUUGCAGGAGGAUUCUCGCUGUUGGGUGUCUGAUGAGAAAGGGGGGGGGUGAAGAGUGCAGCAGGAAAUACAACUCAUCAGUUCUUGCCACCAAAUAGGCAAAGGGGACCUUUCAUGAACAAGUCGAUUGUCUCUCUCUUUCUCUCUCUCUCUCUAAACACGACUUAACAAAAACUAGAUUUCCCACAUCAAUGCUCACUUUGAACUCUUUCUGAGUAUAUGCAGGCUUCUGCUUUGGGCCUGUCGUUUCCCCCCACCCCAACCACUUUUGAUUCUGAGCUGAGGGGAAUGACGAUGGGAAUCAGAACUACAUCACAACUUUGGAACUCUCGUCAAGCUGUUGAUGGGAAGUGUUUUAAGGAGCAUGUCCAGAAGAGAAAUGGCAUCAACCGUCACUGAAAGAGAGAGAAAGAGAGGGAGAGAGGGAGACUGAGGGACAGCAUAUUGGGAGCAGGUCUACAUUGUCCUCAAUGCCCCACUGUAAUCAUUUCCCUUGUUCUGUAUCCUGAAGGGAACUGGAAACCACUGAUGCAGCGAGAAAGAGAGAGAGAGAGAGCGGGGAGGGUGACUCUCACCUACAGCGAUGGAUACUUCACUCAGCCUGCAACCCACCCAUGAUGCACACAUCUUCCCCACCCCCACACACUCUCUCCUCCAUUAAUGCAUUGGGAAUGAAGGACCUGAGCAGGAUAUUCCCAAUGGCAACUUGCCAGGCA